UCGCUCCGGCAACGCACUCUGGAGGUCGCAGCCUGCGCGUCACUCUGCCGCUCGCACACGGCGCUUUUGGCCUCACUGAGCAUUGACAAGGGCCACUUGGGCAGAGUGAUGAGUGAUGAGGACUCUGAGACCCCUGCCACCGAGUUACAGGGGGGAGAGGAGAACGAGCUGCCUAUUAUCCAGCUGUGUGGGCUGGUGGAAGAGCUCAGUUAUGGAAACUCUGCUCUCAAAACUGAGACAGAGAUGUUUGAGAAAUAUUAUAAUAAACUGGAGCCCAGGGAUCAGCGACAUCCACGGUUAUCAGAAAUUAAAAUCACAGGAGCAGAAUUUGCACAGUUACGAGGCAGGUACAGAUCCAAAUCCCGCAUAGGUGUGGACCGUGCGAUAGGCCUCAGUUAUGACCAAAAAUGUGAGCUUGUACUAAAGGAGCUGGAUGACAUGAAGGAUGAAAUAAGGCACAUGAGAGCAAAUGCUGAACGAGAUCUGCAGCACCAUGAGGCAAUCAUUGAGGAAGCUGAAAUGAGAUGGGUUGAAGUCUGCAGAGCAGUGCAUGAGUUUAAAAAAGAUGUUCUAAAAACUAUAUCCAAGAAGAAAGGGAGUAUUUUGGCCACUCAGAAAGUGAUGAAGUACAUUGAGGACAUGAACCGCCGGAGGGAUAAUAUGAAGGAUAAAUUAUGUUUGAAAAAUGUUUCUCUCAAAGUGCAGAGGAAAAAGAUGCUUUCACAAUUGAGGCAGAAGGAAGAGGUGGGCGAGGCCCUCCAUGACGUUGAUUUUCAGCAGCUGAAGAUCGAGAAUGCUCAGUUUUUAGAGACCAUUGAAGCAAAGAAUCAAGAACUGAUCCAGCUAAAGCUGGCAUCUGGAAACACCCUGCAGAGACUCAAUGCAUACAAAAGCAAGCUACAGCGAUCAACGGAAAUGUCCAUCCAUCUGGACAAGGAGAUCUUGCUGAGAAAUGAGUUACUUGAGAAAAUUGAAAGCGAAACCCUGCAAGCAGAGGAGGACCGGGCCAAGGCUGAGGCCGUGAACAAGAGACUCCGCAGACAGCUGGCUGAGUUCCAAGUGCCGCAGGUGAUGGUGUACGUGCGGGAGAAAAUCCUAACUGGGGACCUGGAGAAGACCAUCAAGAUGUGGGAAAGGAAAGUGGAGAUUGCAGAGAUGACCUUAAAAGGCUACCGCAAGGCUUGGAAUAAAAUGAAAACCACCAAUGAGCAUUUGCAGGCAAUUUGUCCCCCUGGGAAGUAGCCAGAGGGAGGCCACAGCUGCAGACCAGAGUGAUCCAUUAAAGUAAUCAGCUCCUUUCCAGUCAAGGGGUCCUCUCACUGUUCCCUGUGCUGCUUGGUGUCCCCGACUUUCCAGCCACGCUGGCAGGCACUCCCCAGGCCACAUUUGCCCGUGGGGAGUGUUUUCACAGCCUGGCCCCUGGAACGGUUAACACUGAAAGAACCACAGGGCACUCUAAUGGUUUGACACUUGUUAGCCCACAUUUAGUUCACAAGCACAAAUGAAAGUGACCUUCCCGCAUGUGGGAGUGGGACAGAGGAGGGAGAGCCAGCCCAGUGUGCACCCUGGGCCUGUCCAUGGCAGCCCAGGUGUGCAGCUAGCAAAAACAAUCACCAUUAAACAGACAGCAAAACAGAAUGUGACUGCCCAGCACUCAGCAUUCUGAGCUUACUCCUCAGUUGGGAGGGUUAGCUCUUAGACUAGAUACCACUGCAAAAGAAAACAAGCACAAAGAAAAACAAGGUAAUUUCUUGGGGCUGAUGUAACCUGUUCUGACCUGAACUAGGCCCUCUACCCUCCCCAGAGUCCCUGCCAUAAUAAUCAUAGUACAUGGGUUGUGUGUCCACAACAGAAGUCCUGCCUAAUUCCCUUAACCCUUUCCUCCCAAUGUCUGGGCUCUUUCUAGAGCUGUUUGCUGGCAAUGAAUAUACGUCGGCCUUUUUUUGUCCUUGUACAUGUGCUGGGGACCAUCCACCUUGGCCCAGCCCAGAAUGUUUUCUCUGUGUAAUGGUGAAAUGUUCUUUGUAGCUGAGUGAAGGCAGCAAAUUCUCCCAGUGGUGGAAGGCAGACAGCGGAUGGCUGGUUUUCUUAGUCUUGGACAUAAUCCAGUCGCCAUAGUCUUCCACCUUGAGGUACAGUAAAAAGCCAGGGCAUUUCUCACCCCCGUGGGACAAGACUCCUCUCAGCACCCACAGAUUCUGUUGCUGUAGCUGGCACAUCAUGGGGUUUCCAGGGUCCCCCUGUGACAAAGGACAGAAGGCUUCAGGUUUAAGAAAACUCAUUUUCUUUUUAAAUAUAUCCUUGUGCAAUUUACCGU